AACCAAAUGGUUACACGCAUCUGAUGGCCUGUCCAUGAAAUAACUUGGCAUCACAUGCUGCAUUGAUUUUGAUCACUCCUUCCUGUCCAUCAGAAUCCUAUGCAACUAGCUCUUAAACAUGUGGUACCAAAUGGCCUCCACAACCAUUGGAGAGGGAGAGGAAAGACCAUGUUGCCGCCGAGAUUUCUGUUCCCUCCGUCGCUGAUUGUGGCGGCAGCCUCGGUGGUUAGUUUAACAUCGAUGGCAAAUAUAGCGCUGUUAGAAAUAAGAGGGAGGCCCUUACAGUAUUCAAAAUUCUCUGAGGUUGGUUCGGGUUCUCACAAUCAAAACGCUGCAACAAGAAAGAAGAUUGUACUACCCGGUAGAACUGGCAUGCUUGUGGCAUACACCCCUGCCUUCCUCACCGGUGCUGCUUCCUUUGCGCUCUUCCCUGACGAGGGUCUCCGGUUUCUGCUCCUAAAAUCUGCCAUUACCAUUCAUUUCUUGAAGAGAAUUCUCGAGGUAAUUUUUAUUCACAAAUAUAGCGGUGGGAUGCCUGUCGAUUCAAUGAUUGUCAUAAGUCUCAGUUACUUCAUAACGACUGCAAUCAUGAUUUAUGCGCAAAACCUUACUCAAGGGCUGCCAGACCCACCAAUUGAUCUGCAAUACCCGGGGAUAAUAUUAUUCCUGAUAGGAAUAAGUGGAAAUUUCUACCACCAUUUUUUGCUAUCAAGACUGAGAGGAAAUACUAUGAAAGAGUACAAAAUUCCCAGGGGAGGUUUAUUCGAGAUGGUGAUAUGCCCUCAUUAUCUAUUUGAGAUCUUAACCUUCUGGGGGAUUGCACUGAUCUCCCAAACACUUUUCUCGUUUUGUUUUGGUAUUGGAACUACUUGGUACUUGAUGGGUAGGAGUUAUGGCACCAGAAAGUGGUACCUUUCCAAGUUUGAAGAUUUCCCCAACCAUGUUAAGGCUAUCAUUCCAUUCAUAUUUUAGAUAAAUGUAUACACAAACCCAUGUAGCUCUUAGCUACAUACAAGUUAGCUAUCAAUGGCCAGUGCAACAUUGUUGAUCUAAAUUGUGGUAAUAAUUAAGAUUUUAAUGU